CCCGACGUAGCAAAAAGAUGGCCGUGAUCGGCGAACGCAGGUAUCACGCCGUGGUUCGUGCGAGCGCGCACACGGAGUUCUCGUGUCAUAAAAUCGAAGAUCGAAACGAGGCGAUAGUCACAUCGCCGUUGCCGUCACCCUCAUCUUCAUCAUCGUCAUCGUUGUCCUCGUCUUCGGUAUUGACGCGUCGCCGUCGGCAUAGGAAGAAAAGCACAGCGGACCGCUUAUCGCCGCCGCCACCACCGCCGCCGCAACAGCAGCAGCAACUUGCGAUGUCUCGUGGAGGCGGUCCAGAAUUUGGCGAGCUUAGUGAUCCAGAUGACAGCUAUCUGGAUACAGAUCAACUCAGGCACGAAUUAUACAAUAUACAGAGAGUCAUACAUUUCACGCGACAAAACAUUGACGCUUUGAACACUCGUUUUGCUGAUUUACGAAAUCCACCUCCGAUUUAUCUUAGUGAAUACAAUGAACUGACAAGUAAAUUGCAUGAUCUAGAGUGUAAAGAGCAGCAACUGAAUGAAGCGCUGGAUGCUGAAAGUAUUCCUAGUGUUACUAUGUCUGAAUGCGACAACAAUAUGGGCAGAGGCCCCAGGACACCGGUGAAAUCCAUCAGUACACUCAGGGCAUAUCUACCUAAUCAACAACGUACUAGUGUGCAAGUGCGAGAAGGACUUUCCUUAAGAGACGCGUUAGCCAAAGCUAUGAAACUACGAAAUCUUACUCCUGAGAUGUGCGCAGUUUACAUUAUGGGUAUAAACAAUUCCAAGUAUUUGAUAUCUUGGGAUGCAGAUAUCUCGUUGUUGGAGUGUGAUGAGAUAUCGGUGGAAAUUUUGGAUAAAUUUCCUAUUACUACUUCCAUUUCGCACAACUUUGUGCGUAAGACAUUCUUCUCGCUAGCUUUUUGUGAGUGUUGUAGAAAACUGCUGUUCCAAGGAUUUUAUUGCAGAACAUGUAAUUACAGAUUUCAUCAGAGGUGCGCGGGUGGUGUGCCAGCUCUGUGCCAUCAAGUGCGUAUGCAAGAUGCGUACUACAAAGCAUUACUUGCGCACAAUCCGGAAACUACUGCUGGAAUCUUGCAAGUUCCUUCUGGUUACUUGAAUAGGAGUAUGUCUCCCUCUCUGGCUCCAUCAAGAAAUCAGAGGCAUCCACGUUCCUUGGGCCAGCAAGACCGUUCUAGUUCAGCACCCAAUGUCUGCUUCAAUAUGGUUAAACCAGGCAAUGAACCUAUUAAUGCAGAUGAAUACAGUAGAUCUGAGAAUUUAGGUAGACCCGUUGGUACUAUGCAAAGUCCUAUAUCACCUGACAACAGUCCAACAAAGCACAGUCAGUCCACGCAGGCUAGCCCUACCAAUACAUUAAGGCUGAAGCGACCAAGAGCAAAAUCAGCUGAUGAAUCGUCGAAAAAUGUCCUAGCACCAAGAGAAUCCAUUGAAGAUUGGGAAAUUCCAGCAGAUGAGAUCCUAGUAGGUCCACGUAUUGGAUCAGGAUCAUUCGGAACUGUAUAUAAAGCUCAUUGGCAUGGACCUGUUGCUGUGAAAACACUCAAUGUCAAAAUUCCUACGUCUGCACAGUUGCAAGCAUUUAAAAAUGAAGUAGCUGUUUUGCGUAAGACUCGACAUGUGAAUGUUCUGCUAUUUAUGGGUUGCGUCAGUAAACCACAACUUGCGAUUGUUACACAAUGGUGCGAAGGUUCGUCUCUGUAUAAACAUUUGCAUGUGUUCGAGUCCAAGUUUGAAUUGCUGACGUUAAUAGAAAUUGGCAGACAGACAGCACAAGGUAUGGACUAUCUGCAUGCGAAGAACAUCAUUCACCGUGACUUGAAGAGUAACAACAUCUUCUUGCACGACGAUCUUACUGUUAAAAUUGGCGAUUUUGGUCUAGCAACAGCAAAAACUCGAUGGUCCGGUUCUCAACAGUUUCAUCAACCGACUGGUUCCAUUCUCUGGAUGGCACCAGAAGUCAUCAGGAUGCAAGAGGAAAAUCCGUAUAGUUUUCAGUCUGAUGUCUACGCAUUUGGUGUAGUGUUGUUUGAAUUAUUAGCUGGUCAGUUACCGUAUUCACAUAUAAACAAUAAAGAUCAGAUAUUGUUUAUGGUAGGACGUGGUUAUCUGCGUCCCGAUUUAAACAAAUUGCGUUCCGAUACACCGAAAGCACUAAAAAGACUCACGGAGGACUGUAUUAAAUUUUCGCGCGAUGAGCGACCGAUAUUUCGUCAGAUCUUGGCUAGUUUAGAGAGUCUUUUGCGUGGUUUACCGAAGAUAACAAGAUCAGCUUCCGAACCAAAUCUGAAUAGAACGCAAUUGCAAUCUGACGAUUUUCUAUACACCUGUGCUUCACCAAAAACGCCGGUAAACUUUCAAUUUGGCGCUUUCCCCUUUUAUCCUUCCGGUGGGAACAUAUAAAUGUAUCAGCUGACACAUUAUAAGUCUGAUGCACUUUGCGUAAAAGAAGUAUUUAAAACAUUGAAAAUAAUGAUAAGCUUAGCUUUAUGAACAAUCUAAAUCAUUCUUUCAUUAUUUCUUGAUCAUAUUGCAAAUAUUUGCUCGAUGUGGAAUGUGAUAACAUUCUUUGAUAUAAAACAAAAGAAAAAUAUAAGCUUCAUACAUAUAUAUAUGCGCGCGCGCCCACACACACACACACACACAC